AUGGGUCUCUUUGGCGGCAACAAGAUGCCAGUGGACGGCAAGACAGUCCUGAUCACCGGCGGAUCAGAGGGCAUGGGCCUUGCCGCGGCAACACAGCUCUCUGCCAAGGGCGCCAACCUGAUCCUCGUCUCCCGCAGCGCAGCCAAGCUCGAAGAAGCCAUCAAGUCCGUCAAGGCCGCUGCCAAGAACCCCUCGACGCAACGAUUCCACUACAUCACCGCCGACGUCUCCGUCCCCUCCUACGCCGACUCCGUCGUUGCCGAUGCCACAACCUGGAACGGCGGCCGCGCGCCAGACAUUGUCUGGUGCAUCGCCGGCGCCGCGUUCCCCAAGCUCUUCAUCGAGCUGGACGCGGCAGAGCUGCGCCGGCAGAUGGACAUUAACUUCCACGGGACCUCGGACAUGGCGCAUGCCAUCCUGCGCGCCUGGCUCGCCCCCGACGCCCCCGUCGGGAAGCGCGCCGCGAAGCACCUCGUCAUGACGUCCAGCGUGGCCGCCCUCUACACCAUCCCCGGCUACGCGGGCUACGCCCCCGCCAAGUGGGCGCUGCGCGGCCUCGCCGACACGCUCUCGCAAGAGGUCAUGCUCUAUCCGCAGGACGUCAAGGUCCAUAUCGUCUUCCCGGGCACCAUCCUCUCGCCCGGGUACGAGGUCGAGGAGCGCACCAAGCCCGACGUCACCAAGCAGCUCGAGAAGGCUGACCCGAAGCAGACGCCCGAGGAGGUGGCGCAGGCUGCCAUCCGCGGCCUCGAGGCGGGUCAGUUCAUGAUUGUGGUCAACUGGCUCGGCGACCUCAUGCGCUUCGGCGUCAUCGGCGGCUCGUUCCGCAACAGCUGGAUCUUCGACACCCUUGGCGCGUGGCUGGUGCCCUUCGUCUGGAUCUUCGUACAGUACGAACACGUCAGCACCUUUCGCAGCUUUGGCAAGAAGCGCGGCCAGCCCAGCGCCUAA